AUGACGACUCAAUCGACCAAUUAUUAUGAAAAUUCUCAGGAUUUUCUGGACGACGUCCAGUACUCCAAACACGGAGUCAAGAAAUACGAGUGGAUCUUCGGCGAGGGAUAUCUGUCCACUGGCGGACUCGAGACCACUAAAGAGAUUAUACCGCUUCUGGAGCUGAAGAAAGGUCAGCGUGUGUUGGAUGUGGGCUGCGGUUUGGGUGGACACGACUUCUUUAUGGCCGAAAACUAUGGCGUA